UGUCUUCUCUAACAAGCCUCCGUCGUAAUAAUCAUAAAAAUACAGCUGCUUUGUAACAGAGACAAACGAAGCAUUAAGGAGAGAGAGAGCGACUGUGUGUGUCUCUAUGUAUGCUGCUGCUACCAGUCUACACAACAGCAGUUUGGCUUCUCCCUCAAGCCAAACCCAACAUUUUGUUUUUUCAUCUUAUCCUUUUCAAAAUCUUAGUUGAUGAUUUGUAGUUCCGCCAUUAAAAGCUUUCACAGGUAACACUUCUUUCUUCUCUUCUUCUUUCACGGAAAAGCAAUCUUCCCUUCUUUUUCUUUUCUUUUUUUUUUUUCUUUUUUUUCUCUUUUCUUCUUUUUUGUCUAAAACCCACCUUAUAAAACCAACCCACAUUUAGCAUUCUUCUUCGCAUUUAACCAGAAUGGCUAAAUCCCACAGAGUUUCCCUUCUCUGUACUUUCAUGAUUUUGUUCUGUUAUUUCCAUCUCCAUGUUUCUGCAAUGCUGGAUCCUCUUGAUUUUCUAGCACUUCAAUCCAUUCGUAAGGCUUUAAAAGACAUGCCUGGCUCUAAUUUCUUUGCUUCUUGGGAUUUCACUUCCGAUCCUUGUAAUUUCGCUGGCGUUUCUUGUCAAUCCAAUAAAGUUGUGACUCUCAAUCUUGGAGAUCCUAGAGCUGGUUCUCCUGGUUUAAUCGGUCGGUUAGAUCUCUCCGUUGGUAAACUCUCUGCCUUAGCCGAAUUCUCUGUGGUUCCUGGUCGGAUUUACGGUUCUCUACCCGAAACACUCUCUCAAUUGCACAACCUCCGUUUCCUCGCCGUUAGCCGUAACUUAAUCUCCGGCCAGAUCCCUGCAGGACUCGGCGGCUUGCGAAAGCUUAGGACAUUGGAUUUAAGCUACAAUCAACUCACCGGACCAAUUCCUCGCACCAUUGGAAUGCUACCGGCGUUAUCGAAUCUGAUUCUCUGCCACAACCGUCUCACCGGUCCGCUUCCUCUCUUCCUCUCCCGAACCCUAACUCGACUGGACUUAAAGCAUAACGCUCUCUCCGGUUGGCUCAGUCCAAAUUCCCUUCCUCCUUCACUUCAAUAUCUCUCUCUCUCAUGGAACCGCCUCGGUGGUUCCGUAGACCGUCUCCUAACUCGUCUGGACCAGUUGAAUUAUCUCGAUUUGAGUUUGAAUCAGUUCACCGGUCCAAUCCCCGGCCGGUUAUUCACAUUCCCAAUAACCUCUCUGCAACUGCAACGAAACCAGUUCUCCGGCCAUGUUGAACCGGUGAAUCAUGUGUCAAUCGCCACCGUUGAUCUAAGUUACAACAAGUUGUCCGGGCAGAUAUCCCCAUUCUUCUCAACAGUACAGAAUUUGUACCUGAACAACAAUGGGUUUAGUGGUCGAGUACCAGGUUGCUUCGUUCAACGACUCCUUUCCGCUAAUAUACAAAUACUGUAUUUACAGCAUAACUAUUUGACGGGGAUAGAGAUAAAUCCGACGGCUGAGAUUCCCUUGAGUAGCUCUUUGUGCUUGCAAUAUAAUUGUAUGGUGCCACCAGUGCAGACGCCAUGUCCGUUGAAAGCAGGAAAGCAGAAGACUAGACCUCGGCAGCAGUGUAACCAGUGGAGAGGCUAGAACCCUACGUACCUGACACGUGUCCUUGAGGGUAUAAUGGGAAAUCAAAUUUUGAAUUCAUCUUAAAUUAAUUUAAGUCUCUCUUUCUUUCUUUUUGGGUGUAGCUGUGGAUGUUGGCUGUGGUGGUAAAGAGUAAAGAGAAAAUAUAUAUAAAAAAAAAAAAAAUGUGAAUAACUGAGUAUAUGUUUCCUAUGAAUAUUGAAUGUUACUAUAAUUUAUUAAUUAUAUACUUCCAUGAUUGAUUACA